AUGUCACAAAGCCAGGACCUUAAGGAACGAGUAGAAGGAUGGUUGCACGUAUGGGAAAUGACCUGUGCUGUAGAGAAAAGAUUGUUUUCUAAGGGACAUCACCCACAAGCAAGAUGGGAGCCCCGGUUUUGUGUGCUGAUGACAGAUAUCAGAGCUUUCAAAUUCUACACAGCAGAACAGAACAUAGACGAUGAAGAUGACUCAUCUUCAACAGAUGAAACACACAUAACACACACCAGGCUAGAUGGGGGGAGAGCAUCAUUCCAGAGCAGAUGGGGUUAUCAAACCCUUGAAAUUAUCCAAGAACAUUCUGAGAAAAGUUUGUUUGCAGCAAACUCUGAGGAGAGUGCGUCUGCUGAGAGCUUCUUCCGGUCUCGUACUCACGUGGAAUAUCGAGAUGAUAGCAACCUACCAG